CAUCUGCCUGCCUCUAUCUCCUUUUUUUCUGACACCGACGACGGUUUCUUCUCAGCUCGCAACCACACCCCCUUGAGAUACAGAAGCAUGGCGGUGCACGAUCUUGACCCCUUUGGAGUCGUCUCGUACCUCUACCAGCUCGUCCAGAUCAUCAUCUCGCUCAUCUUCUCGCCUGUCCCGCCUUCCGCGCACGUCAAGCAGGCGCCUCUCGGCCAUGUCGCCAUCGUGGGCGCUGGCCUGACGGGCAUCUCGUCUGCCUCGCAUCUCAUCGGCCACGGCUUCGAGGUCACCAUCUUUGAGGCCGGCGGAAAGGAGAACCUGGGCGGCAUCUGGUCGCGUGUCAACUCGACGAGCGGCCUCCAGAUCAGCUCCAUCAUGUACCGCUGGCACCCCGCCGUGCUCUGGACCAAGGGCUACCCCAAGCGCGACGAGAUCCUCGACAACUGCAAGAAGAUCUGGAAGAAGUACGACCUGGAAAAGCGGACGCGCUUCAACACACCCGUCAGCUCUGUCACUCGGCACUCGAGCUCGACGGAUCCACACAAGAAGGGCCACGCGCGCUGGAUUAUCAACGGCGAGGAGACCAUCUACGACGGCCUGGUCGUCUCGACGGGCACGUGCGGCCAGCCAAAGAAGAUGGAGCUGCCCGGCCAGGACAAAUUCAAGGGCGUCAUCACCCACUCGAGCCAGCUCGACGACGUGGAGCUCAAGGGCAAGAACGUCAUCGUCGUCGGCGGCGGUGCCUCGGGCGUCGAGGCGCUCGAGCUGGCCGUGGAAAAGGGGGCCAAGAAGCCGACGAUCCUGGCGCGCUCCGACAAGUGGAUCAUCCCGCGGGCCACGAUCAUCGAUGCACUGCUGGCCCUGCAGCCGUUUGGCCGCGAGACGUGGCUCUCGUUUAUCCCCGAGCUGCUCCUCCGCAAGCUCCACUACCGCGACCUCGAGGACAAGAUGGCGCCCACCCAGGGCUUCUACGUCGACACGCCCAUCGUCAACUCGUCUGCGCUCCAGCACAUCCGCCAGGGCAAGGCCGACUACCACCGCGGGGAUGUGCUCGACCUGAGCGAGGACGGCGUCGCAUUCAACCUGCGCAAGCGCGGCCAGAAGAAGGAGACCAAGGGCAAGCACAUGUUCUUCAAGGCCGACGUCAUUGUCAUUGCCACGGGCUUUGAGAUUCCCAAGAUCGACUUUCUGCCCCAGGACCUCUUCCCCGAAGACUAUACGCGCCCCAACCUGUACCUGCAGGUGUUCCCCAUCGAAGACAUGUCCGUCGUCACCACCAACGCCUCGUUUGUCAAGGCCGUCGGCACCGUCGCCCACAUCCACAUUGGCAUCUAUGCCCGCAUCCUGGCCCUGUUCCUCAUGGUGCCCGAGUCGCGGCCCGUGCCCCGCAACGCCCGGCUGUGGGUCGACAUGAUCCGCUGGGUCAAGGAGAAUGCGCCGGGCGGCCGGCUCAGCUUCUUCACCUACAUGGAGCUCAUGGUCUGGCUCGUCUCCUUCCUCUUCCUCAACGUCGCCCGGCUGCCGUACGCCUUCUUUGUCCUCUUUGGCUGGGGCUUCUGGACCCGCGACGGUCCCCUCGACAAGCAGGGCCGUGCCGUCGGUGCCCCGCACUUCCAUCUCUCGACGAGCAAGCUGCUCCCCCGCUACCGCCAACGCACGGCAGUGGGCGGACCCAUUCCACCCCAGCUUGACUCGUCGCUAAAGUAGGACCUCCCUUUUCUCCUCUCUCUUCUUCUUUUGAACCUCCCCAUCACGACUCUCUCAGCUCGCGUCAAGCCAUGUACAGGAUUGUGUUGUCGAAUGGAAUCAUCAUUGAGAGCAACCCU